UAGCUGUACAAUUGCUUACAAACACAGCAUUGGCUUGACCGAGGCUGCGCUCUGCCAAAACGCACGUUGUGUAGAGGCAGUGGUAAAACAGGAGGGGAAGAAAGAGUGCAGCCGAUCUCCCUCACACCAAACUCAAGAAGCUGUGAGCUCGAGUGCACUUCUGACUGACAUUCCAGCAGGUUCUGCACCAUGAAGACCAGACUCGGCUGCCUGUCCAAAAAAUCUGACUCCUACAACGAUUUCUCUGAGUUCCUACCACCUGCCCAUGAGACCACAGCCAGGUGUCUCAAACUAUCAACAGACGAGGUUGUUCGAUGGUCUGAGUCUUUCGAUAAUCUUCUUGGUCACAAAUAUGGGCUGGUUGCAUUCCGAACAUUUCUCAAGUCGGAGUUCAGCGAUGAGAAUAUUGAAUUUUGGAUGGCUUGUGAGGACUACAAAAAAAUCAAGAGCUCAACAAAACUCGUUUCAAAAGCAAACAAGAUAUUUAAGGAGUUCAUUGAAGUUCAGUCACCAAGAGAGGUAAACAUUGAUUACCGUACCAGGGAGAAGACAAAAGCGAGUCUGGCAGAUCCGUCUCCAACCAGCCUCAACGAGGUCCAAGGAAAAAUCUACAGCCUCAUGGAGAAAGACUCGUACCCACGGUUCCUCAGGUCCAAGAUGUACCAGGAUAUAGUCAACAGGGCACAUGCACAAGGCCAGCGGCGGUCUGUCUGACUGCACAUCAAAGUGGACAUGAAACUGGACCUACACUGUAGAACAAAUGGUAACCCUUUGACGUCUAAGUAAUACUGUGAAUCGGCAAGAAUGGGAUGACCUGCUUGACUGUUCCCUUUACACCAGCUCCAUGCAUGCACUCUCUGUAAAUGACCC